CGCUGAGCGGUGGUCGGAGUGCAGCAGCGCUUAUGGGCGAGACGCACUUUCUGGGGUUUUAAGGAAACGCUCUCGCGCUGAAAUGAACCAGAACCCGGUCUCCAGCGCGGAUUGACACGGAAACUUUUGCGAUGGCCGCAAAGGCGCAAAAGUAGCCGCAAGAGAGAGAGAGAGAGAGAGAGUGAGAGAGAGAGAGAGAGAGAGAAAGAGAGAAGGAAAGAAGGAGAGAGAGAGAGAGACACAGAGAGAAGGAGAGAGAGAGAGAAGGAGAGAGAGAGAGAAGGGGGGAGAGAGAGAGAAAGAGAGAGAGACACACACAGAGACACAGACAGAAGGAGAAUAUCUCCGCUCAGAUCGCCACCGCACGCAGGCGCAGGGCUGUAGAAUGAGAUCCCGCUGCAGCUUCUAACGGCAACAAAACCGAGUCGGAAAACCGUUUGUUUUUGUUUUCUUUUUUCGCCGUCUCCUGAUUUUCUGUCGCAACUCUGCUUCCGAGGCUGUUGUUUUGAACCGGUGAAAGAUCCUAAUUAUGGCGGGGAAAGGGACAUCACAAGGCACGGGAAUAUUGCUUGUGACGGCCAACGUCGGCUCUCUCUUCGAAGAUCCUGAAAACCUUCAGAAGACAUGGCUGAGGGAGUUCUAUCAGACGGUGCACUCACACAAGCCACACUUUGUGGCCUUACACUGUCAAGAAGUGGGUGGGAAAAAUUAUGAGGAGUCCAUGGCACACGUGGACAGCUUCGUCAAAGAGUUACUGUCCAGUGAUGCCAUGAAGGACUACAACAGAGCCCGUGUCUACCUCGAUGAGAACUACAAGUCUCCAGAGCAUUUCACAGCACUAGGAAGUUGCUACUUUAUACACGAAUCCUUAAAAACCAUCCACCAGUUUGAUUUCAAAGCCAAGAAGUUCAAGAAGGUGGUUGGCAAGGAGGUCUACUCGGACACUUUAGACAGCACGUCCAUGCUGGAGAAAGAGAAGUUCCCUCAAGACUACUUUCCUGAGUGCAAAUGGUCCAGAAAAGGCUUUAUCAGGACUCGUUGGACACUGGGGGACUGUGCCUUUGACCUGGUCAAUAUUCACCUGUUCCACGAUGCCUCCAACCUGAUAGCCUGGGAAAACAGCCCUUCUGUCUAUUCAGGCACAAGGCAGAAAGCUCUCGGCUAUGUUCUGGACAGGAUCACAGACCAGCGUCAUGAGAAGCUUCCAUAUUUCCUCUUUGGUGAUUUUAACUUCAGGCUGGACUCCAAGCAGGUUAUAGAGAGUUUGUGUUCAACAGCCACCAUGCAGACGGUUCGAACUGCAGACACCAACCAAGUGGACAAGCUCAUAUUCCGAGAGUCUGACAAUGACCGCAAGGUUGUGUUACAACUCGAAAAGAAGCUUUUUAACUACAUUAACCAGGAUGUUUUCCGGGAAAACAACGGAAUGCUGCUAUUAGAGUUUGAUAAAGAGAAGGCUGUCUUUAAGGAUCGUCUGCACGAGCUGGACAUUUCCUUUCCUCCCAGCUACCCAUACAGUGAGGACACCAGUCAGGGGAAGCAGUACAUGAAUACACGAUGCCCUGCCUGGUGUGACCGCAUCCUCAUGUCUUCUUCUGCCAAAGACCUGGUUGUAAAGCCAGAGGCUGAGGAGAAGUCAAUAACCUAUGACAAUAUUGGGCCCAAUGUCUGUAUGGGGGACCACAAGCCUGUUUUCCUGUCCUUUCGAUUAACCACAGGGGCAGGUAAACCUAAUGCAAAUAAGCACAAGUGUUGUGUCAUGCAGUGAUGUGAUAUAUGCUGCCAAAGAAUGGAGGGGAUUUCACCACAAGAGACCCUGUGAGAAACUCAGAGACAGCUGGAUACACACACUCUCUCACACACACUCUCAGAAAACCCUGAUAAGACUUUUCAGCAGGACUGACCAGUCGUAUUGAAACAAGUGCAAGCCAUCACACCAAAAGAUAUGGCGUGAUAUAAGAUUCAGGAACACACACCGAAUGUCAAGCACACAAACACAAACACAGCUUAUACCACACUCUUCUCUUGUUGGACACUUUUCCUGCAGAACACCAACACAUGGACAAACAAGUUAAAGGACAACUCUUCUUAUAUGACAUAGCCUUGUUUCCAAAACUCUAAUAGAAAAAUCAGAAGUACUACAUAUUUUAAAGACAAUACUUACGAUUUUUAGAUAUGCCUCUACAUUAUAAAAGAUACUUCCUAACUUGUGUAAGAUGUUUUAAGAAGUGCAAUGCAAAAAAAAUGUUGUAUAUGUAUAGUGUUAGGUUUAUUUGUACAUUGGAUAAUUAUAUAGUGGUGUUGAUGUUUUUUAGUGCUGUUUUCUUUCUAUUUUGGCAAGCUUGUGGGGGUCUCUCUCUCUCUCUCUCUCUCUCUCUCUCUCUCUCUCUCUCUCUCUCUCUCUCUGUCAGAUUAGAUUAGGUAUUUUUCAUUUAAUUUCAUUUCAACAAUUGACAUUAGUUUGCUUUCUUUCCUUUCCUUACUUUGAUGUGGGAGAAUCGUGUGCCAUUUUUCUGCCAUCCUCCAAGUCUCAUUUUAUAUACUGUACUUUUUAAAGAGAUGAUAAUUUAUUAUUCUUACCAAAAUGAUUACAGUGAGGUGUUGAUAGAAACUUGCCACUUGUCAGCUGAAACUGAAACUAGCUGAAUAGUUAGUUAUAUAUUAAAACACACAUCAUCUGAAGUGCACCUUUUUUUUUUUUUUUUUUUUUUUUUUUUUGCAGUCAUAUGAUUUUAUCGUAGCCUGAGCUAUCUGAGCUAUUCUAACCAGUGUCAUAGGCCAUGCAAGUAGCUAUAUAAGAUAUUGUUACAUAUAGCAGUCUCACUUGGUUAUUGCAUUAUUAUUCUUAUCCUAACUUAUUUCUGUGUAAUAAUAUGGUUCUGAAUGUGAUAUUUUAGAUAGGCUUGGGUAUCUUUAAAACAUGUAAACUUUUUUUUUUUUAAGAUUUUUGUUUGAUAGUUAUAUAUUUUUUUUUUUUGUUUGAUUGUUUUUUCUUUUGUUACUGCGUCAUGGUGCCAAGUAUUGUACACAGCAGACAAAUGUGUGUUUAAGAGUUUGUGCAGUCGGUAGGAGGAAACCGGUCGCUGUAAACCGCGCACUAUUGGACCGAAUAGUGAUAGUAAAUACCACGCUAGGCUGUUUUGAAACGCAGUUUAGUGUGGUGUAGUGCGCGGUUUGGGACGCGGCCUGAGUUGCUCCGUCUAUAUCACCGUUAAUCCGCUUUCACAGCUCGUUAGAGCUUUAAAAUGGCGAUUAGCAGUCGGCCGACAUUUCCUCAUAUCGAUUUUAAUUUAGUACACUACAUAGUUCAGCAGGUAGUUUGAUAUUUGGAUGUCCUUUUUUCUCAUUUGAAUCACCGUAAGUGAGAAUGAAUUCAUGUCGUCGUAAGAGUGGCUUCCCAAACUGGCAUAGCAGACUAAAUAGUGUCAAAUUAGUGCUCUAACUCAAAUGUGACAUAACCUACGACACUGCAGGUCUCUUUAUUUAAUAAAUGUGAGCGUUUGGGGGAAAACAGGGCGUUAUAUAGACGACACGAAUGUAUUUUAUCAGCCAAAAAUUUCAACGUACUGUUUAGUAGUAGCCUACUAUUUAGUACGGUAGUAUGCCAUUCUGGAUUCUGCUCAAUAACCUUUCCCCUUUGCGCCGGUCACGUGAUGCGGUGUGUUCCCUAUGUAAUAACAUAUAGAGCUUGAGCUCCAUGGGUGGCCUGCUGGCCCCUUCAAGCAAUAAAACCAUUAGAACUGAACAA